AUGCCCUCCAAAAGAAGGAGAAACAGAAGAAAAGCAAGGAGGGAAAAAGUAAAUCCAUCCAAACACAGCACAGAAGCACCGCAGGCUUUGUGCAAAUAAAAGCAAAAGCCAAGAAAAUAACGGCGCUCUUUGGAAGCCGAGUUUGUUUCCAUAAAAUUUCAGAUUUAGAAAGAGAAAAAGGGAAAGGUUUUUUUAGAGAGAGAAAGGGAGAGUCAUGCAGAGAAGGGUGACACGAGGCCAUCAGGGUGAGGGAUUUCUGAAGAGUGAAAUUCCAAUUGGUCGUCAGCCAACCGUGCCACCUUAUUACCAUACUUGUCUGUUCUUCAUCUGUAAUUAUGAUUCUUAUCUAUCAUUGGAAAUUUCGCUAUGUUCAUAUUACAAUUCAUUUAGAAUUGAAAUCCUUCACUUACAUGCGCGUAUAAAUCACCCCUCUUUCUACCCAUUAAGCCGCACACAUACACAUCAUACAUACACUCGGCGUACAAUUAUGAGUGAGGCGAGUUGAUUUUUUGUGUAUAGCAAGAUAGCCCUCUUUUUUUUUCACCAAUUUUUCAAAUCUAUAUCUGUUCUUGGCUAUUGGGUUGGGUUAGAGGUCCUUCUGGCAGGGCUUCUUUGGUUGAUUGGAUUCUGAAGAGAAAACCUCUUGGUCAUGAUGCAAGGUCAAGAUAGCACUUCUAAUGCCUUUCCAGGAAACUUUUAUUUGGACUAUGGGUCCAAUGGCAUUCAUCUUCGAUGGAAUCAGAACAAUGUAGUUCCAACUGAUGCUUCUGUUCGUGACGGCCAUACUGUUACAGGUUGGAUGGGACAAUCUAGCAUGAACAGCCAAACCCCUACUCGAUUUCAGGAUUUAUUAGCUGAGGAUGGAUUACAAUCUAACGGGAUUGAUCAAUCUAUUUCUGUUGUGAAUGCCCAAACUCCUGUUCGAUUUCAGGAUUUAUUAGCUGAAGAUGGUUUGUUGUCUUCCCCUUUUGCUAGUUCUGGAACUGGUCAAAGUUUGGAAGAAAAGCAUUCUGGGCCACUGAUUGCCCCCUUUCAACAUAGCAUUAACAUGAGCCUAGGAAAUGGUCAGCUCACAAAUACGUCAUUUCCUUUGCAACAGGCCAGUUCUAGUGUUUUCCCUCUGAACAUAGACUUGAAUGCAACAUUUGACAGCCACAGCAUUGAUGCCAAUCUGAAUACCGUGACAGGUUUGUGUCAAAAUCCAUUUGAACCAAGUGGAUCAUAUGUUGAUCAAAAUCCAUUUGCCAAUUAUCCUUCUAAUUCUAGUCCUCUUGUGGUUUCUUCUGGUAUUGCUGGGCAUGUAGUGGAGGAAAAUAAUGGUGGAGAAGGUCACUCAACAGAAGGUAGGCGUCUGCCCUGUAAAAGAAGAGCACCUGAAGAUGCUUUUGGACGACUUUCUAUGGGUGAAAGCUCAAAAUCCACUCAACUAGCUAUUAGUCAAGAAAAUACUAGUAGAAGAUUGAAUUUACCAACUCCGAUGAAUAAUCAGCCAAAUGGCAAGCACUCAGAGCAGCUGGGUGCUGGACUUAUGGUUGCUUUAGGGGCAGCUCCUAUUAUGAGUAAUCCUUCAAGCGUUGGCGGAAAUGGACGUGGAGCUGGUGCAGGGGAAAGCUCUAAUAUCCAUCAAGCCAUAAGGGUGGCAGGAGAAGCUGAUCACUCCCAGAGAAAUAUCCGUCUGAGAAGAACUGUGAAUCAUCAAGAUUCUGUGCCAACUAACUUGGCAACGUUGACCACUAGGAACUCUCAUCCACAAUUACCUGCUCAACCAGCUGUUCUUUUCUCAUUUGAUGGUGUUCCAAACACUAGCUCAGUGACAGGAAUAGUUCAACCUACUCCUCCAAUGCGGCAGCCUGUCCGUGUUCCAUAUUCUUCAGAAAAUAUGCAGCCUUUCCAGUUGGAUGCAGUCACUGGGUCGAGAAUUGGUCUACCCUUGACUUCUAAUUAUACUGUAAAUGGAGGAGAUGUGUCAUUUCUGGGAGACAACUCAAGGAACAAUCAAGGAAAUCGCGCGCUUCCUGAAUUUCAAAGGGGAAGUUCAGAAGACAUGUUAAGAAACCUAAACUUUGUCCCUGGGAUGAACUCUCCAGGAAAUAUCGCUCACCAUUCUAGAAAUAGCUCUACUUUGCAUGUUCGCCGAUCAUCUGCUCCCAUUCGGUUUGGUGAAGACAACAUGGCUCAACAAUAUGCGCAGAGAAUCUCAAACAUUUUCAAUUACAACGAGUCUCAAGGGGAACAUAGUUACUCCGCACAAUAUGCGGGUAUUCCUACCGCUGCAAGAGAGAGGGAAUUAUCAGUGAGAGGUGGUAACUCAAGGCUUUCUCAAAUACCACUUAGGUCAGGAUGGACAAUGCGAACUGAGAGACUAAGUGGUGCUCGUCCUGAAGUGGCAAUGCACAAUUUGACUGCUGCUCAGAGGAGAAGCAGACUGCUCUCUGAGGUUCACAAUGCUUUGUCACUUGUGCGUAGACGGGGAUCCGUAUGGUAUGAGGAUGUGAUGGUGAUUGACCGUGCAGUGUUCUAUGGUAUACCUGAAGAGCCUGAUCUACAUGAAGAUAUGCGUCUUGAUGUGGAUAACAUGUCUUAUGAGGAACUACUGGCCUUAGGGGAGCGAAUUGGAAAUGUUUCUACUGGAUUAAGUGAGGAUGUUUUUCAGGCACAUAUAAAGCGGAAAAUGUAUGAAGCAGCUGUAGUAGAGUCUCCCCUGGAAGAAGAACCAUGCUGCAUCUGUCAGGAGGAUUACGUGCACGGCGAAGAUCUUGGGAAGUUGGACUGUGAUCAUGAAUUUCACUUCAACUGCAUUAAGCAGUGGCUGGUCCAGAAGAACAAUUGCCCCAUCUGCAAAAAGACAGGGCUGGAAGUUUGAGAUGUUAAAUUUCAUGGCUUUUUCCUGGGCUAGAGAUCACAUGACAAGCUAUGAAGUUUCUUCGUCCAUGGACCCUCGUUCUUGGCUUCUUUUACAUUAUGUGCUUUUUAUUUUUAUUUUCUGUGGAAGACAUUUGCAAUUCCUUUGUCUUUUGAGUUUUUGAGACCUAAAGUUUAGAAAGGCAAAGACUUUUUUCAUGUGAAAAGGGGCUGAGGUUGCUUGGCCUUUAUAUUUAUCUUUUGCUGUUAUAAAAACCUUAUUUUGUACUUCA